CUGUAAGAACGUGUGCACGACUCUUGGAUCGCUUGUGGCCUGUGGGGUGUUAUGAGGCCUCCGUCUUCAUGCAAACGCUGGUCGCGAGCCCUAAAAAUACAGGAUGACAAUUUUGACAUUUGACUCGAUCGAAUACCCGUCUAGUAGGUGGGACAGACAUAAAUACUCUCAUCAACCUCAUCUGUCCAAUUCUCAGUCCAUUUUGUCUAAACUAUGUGUGAUUUUACUCAAAUUAUAUAGAAUUUCUCUUACAAAUAGCAUUUUAGCUACAACAAAGUUGUGAUAAACGAGUACCUCGACUCCUCGAAUAAUUUAACUUCAUAUGUCAUAUCUAUAUUUUUUCAUAUAAGAUCAAUUUCUCAAGUAUUUUAUUAUUAUUAUAUAUAUUCGUACUAAAUCGAGCUUUUUCGAUCCACACCUCAAGACAAGGUAUACGACCUAUCACGAGAUAGGUAUGAGUAUUGACUAUUGAGGUACCGGUCUGAUAUAUUAUAUUUUUUGUCAUCAAAUAUAUUAAAAAUAUAUCUUCAACUACGUGUCCAUCAAGGAGCUUUGAAUUAGAACCAAUUACCAUGCAUGGGCUGUCCAAAUUGGGGACCCUCCUCCUGCCGUCGUAAACGGUCUUCCAUAUAUAUAUAAAAUAAAGAUCGGAAUCACCGCCGUUGAGUAGUAAUUAAAUAUUUGUCAAAAAAAAAAAAGUAGUAAUUAACGGUAAACCUCGAGUCCUCUGGUGGAUCCCGCCACCGGCCCGUCCACUGAAUGAGCAAGUGCCACCACAGUGAAAAGCUAGCCGACACCCACACCGGCGGCCGCUUUUGGAGAUUCCCGCUGUCCCACCACACCAACAUGACCGCCAUGGUCAUUUCACCCAACCGAAACAUACCGAACUGAAUAUAUAGUCGGUGUUCUCAUGAAUUUUACAACUAUUGGAAGAAAAAAAAAAGAUCGAAGUGACACUUGGAUCAGACCAAAGUGACGUAAAUGUAAUAUCGAUCUGAUUCUUGAUUCUAAGAUGUCCUUCACCGUUGAACUGCGGUUCUCGUGAGUUUGGUCUGGUCCCAACAGCAAACCAAAAUAUCCCUAAAUUUCCAUCUUCAUUUUUAGCAUCAGCUAAUGUCUACCUCUUUGUCUCGUCGACUAGGUCUCGAUCGCAUAGGAUGCGCAAACUCAAUCGUGGAACCGUAGCCAUUGUGGACUAUUCGGUAGAGGUCGAAUUUCGGAAGGCUUCCAAAUUUGAUGAUAUUGGUAAUAAUGUAGUUACUUAUAUGUGCAGGGUUUGUGCCAACCAAAUAAUAAUUUUGAAUUACUAAUUAACUAUCGACAUAACUACUACUACGUUCAUACAAUUUGUUCGCAGGUAAAUGUAAUUAUAGAUGUAAAAAAUAUGAGAAGCAUAGCUUGGUAUAUAUAUGUUAAACAAGCAGGAGACAAUUUUGACUUGCCACUUACCGAAAGGAUCCAUUGAACAUAAACUACACGAGUGGUUUGACGGAUUAUUACCAAUGUCAUUUUCAAUGCUAGUCCGCUAAUUUUCUCCAGCUGAGCCAUCCACGUGCGCAAAUUCUAACUAUUUAAUUUUGAUAAUAAUAAUCUUUUCCAAUUAACGUUAAUAGAGAAAAAAAACAUUAUUUAUUUGUUAUUAUUAUUACAAUAAUGAGUAGGUGAGAAAAUAGUACAUCAUGAAGAGAAAAUAGAGAAAGGCUAAAGGCAGAGGAGAGCCCACACCAAAGGGCCCAAAAGCUGAAACAAACGGCCCACCACCCCAUCCACUAGUCCACCAUCACACAAACGGUAAUGCGCCAUUACCGGAGAACCAAAAUGUUGUUCGCCGUUCACCACUACCACCACCGCCGAAGCAACGGGGCCGGCGACGACCAGAUUUACCUACCUACCAUCCGGCCACGGAACCGAUACUCCGCGAAACAACUAGUCUCAUGCAACCGGAACAAAAUGCUCCCCUCAAUGACGCGUCGGAGUAACAACAAGCAUUACAUGAACUAUAAAUUGACAUAUUUUUGGAGCUACUAAUUCUUGAUAUCACUCUACUAUCUAACGAUAGAUGGACCAUAAGUCUGUUGUCACUGUUAUUAUAUUAUUUUUUACGAGACAAGAAUAAUACUAACGUAUUUGAGAAAAAUUAAGGAGUCGUUUGGAAGUUGUGAUUUCAAAUGGUCUAUUUGUGAGAUUAAGUAGUUUUUUUUUGUUUAGGCCCCACCACAAUCACUCAGGGGUCGUUUGGUUUUGGUGAUAGUUUGGUUGGGAUAGUUACAAUGCAUCGAUUUUUUUAAUUUUUUGCGCAAACAAUACAUGCAUUGUUUGCUUGAUUUGACACAAACUAUCACUCAAAAUGAGUGAUAGUUAAAUCUCAAGUUUUCGUUGAGAUUGUUGAGAUUGUUUGAUGGAGAUUGUUGUGUUUUCUUCUCCUUCCAAAUAUGUCCCUACCUUUUUAUGUGUGUUGCUUUUUAUAUUAAAAACAAAGGGUAAAAGUGACAUUUCUCCCAAAAGUAUCACAUAAACCAAAUGAUGUAAACUACAAUACACCAUUUUUCUUAUAUACAUGUAUAUUAUUAUGCAUGCAUUGAUUACAAUACAUCGAUUUAACUAUCACCAAAACCAAACGACCCCUCAAUGUUGAGGGAUUUACAACCUCUACUUUUUGUCGAGAUUCUUCACAACCACUCAAUAUUAACUUUUUUUACCUUUGGAACAAAAACACAAUCUAAACCUACAAACAAGAUAUUUACCCAAUACAUCAAUUGAUUCAAUCCAUCAAAUGAUAAUACACUUGUCCCAAUACAUCAAUUUGAAGAAUCACAACUUCCAAACAACCUCUAAGUAUCGGAUUAGACCACUUGCUUAAUUCAACCUCGAUUGACAUAUUGACAAGUGCACAUGGCACACACGUCCCUAUGGAAAUACAAAGAGAUAGUGUGACACGAACUCGAUAUUACACAUACAUAGUGACAAAAAAACAAACGUCGACUAAUUACUUGCCCCUUAAUUUAAGCCUUUAGAAUCUUCACAUUAGGAUCCUUUUUUUGCUUUCUAAUUCAUCGUUUUUUGUGUGUGUUUUGCGUAUUGAAUUUCACGAUGAAGAAGCAGACUGUUAAUUUAUUGAAUAACGUGUGUGGUGCGCGUCAACAGUGAUAGACUGAGCUUUACCCACCAUCUCUUUGUUGCUAUAUGGGGCGAUCCUCUUGGGGAUAGGGUUCCUGGGUUCGGCGGCAACCCCGUCCUUUGUUUUUAACAUAUAGCUCCGGCAGUAUAUUCGAGUGCGUUACUUGCUAGGAAUGAUCAGCUGUUAUUGAGACAACAGUUGGUUUAUGAUAAGGUUUCAGAGUUGGUUUGUUCUUGAUGUUACAUGUUCAAAUCCUUUACGACCCUAAUAUUAAUCGUUGUCUUUAAAGUACAUGAUAUGAUGGAUCUGUCCAAACUUCAAACCCAUGAGUUGCGUUAGCUUCGUUUGAGUGGCGUGUUAGAAAAUGGUUAAAUACAUACCAUACAUGAACUUCUCUCAACAACUUUAAUUAUUGGGACCAAUAGUAUGAAGUCUUUUGGGAAGUAUUGCUUGAUGGAUUUGGUUUCAUGAUGGACUUUGUCCAAACUCCAUUGUUUGCUCCAAGUAUUUUGGAAAAAAUCCAAAAGUACCACAGUUUAAAAAAAAAUUCCAAAAAUACCACCCAAUCCCAAAAAAUUCCAAAAAUACCAUCCUUUUUCAAAAACCGCCACCCCACCCUGCGGUUUACACGAAAACCGUUUGUCCGGGGCGCGGUUUUCUAUGCAAACCGCGGGCCUAGGGGGCGGUUAUAAAAAAAAAAUUUGGACCAAACCGCUGGGUGGGGUGGCGGUUUGACCCAAAACCGCCACCCCACCCAGCGGUUUGGUCAAAAUUUUUUUUUUUUUCCGAUCAACUCCUAACUUCGGCCGAAACUUCAAACGAACGUAACUUUGCACUCGGGUAACCGAUCGAUGCGAUUUGUUUUUUCAUUUCGCAUAACUUUUCAAGAUCUACAACUUUUAGUAGGAUGAAAUUUUCAAAACAGGAACUAUUUGUGGAUAUACGGGACCUUGAGAAUAACUUUACCUUUACUUUUCACAAAUACAUGUACAUUUUGAAAUUAUGAUUAUAUUAAAAGUUGUAGAUCUUGAAAAGUUAUGUGGAAUAAAAAAAAAUUCAUGACAUUCGGAUUUUGGAGCACAAAGUUAUGGCCGCCCAAAGUUUGACGAAAUAAAAAAAAGCUCGUUCGGGGUGGCAAAUGACGUUUUUUCGAGACGAAGGCGGGUCCCGGCGGUUUGCGGCUUGCAAGAUCUCAAAAAGUUAUUCGGAUUCAAAAAAUGGAGGCCGCAAACUUUUUGAGAUCUUGCAAGCCGCAUACCGCCGGGUCUCGCAUUUCGUCAAACUUUGGGCGGUCAUAACUUUGUGCUCCAAAAUCCGAAUGUUAUGAAUUUUUUUUUGAUUCCGCAUAAAUUUUCAAGAUCUACAACUUUUAAUAUAAUCAUAAUUUCAAAAUUUACAUGGAUUUGUGAAAAGUAAAGGUACAGUUAUUCUCAAGGUCCCGUAUAUCCACAAAUAGUUCCAGUUUUGAACAUUUCAUCCUACUAAAAGUUGUAGAUCUUGAAAAGUUAUGCGAAAUGAAAAAAAUAAUCGCAUCGAUCGGAUACCCGAGUGCAAAGUUACGUUCGUUUGAAGUUUCGGCCGAAGUUAGGAGUUUAUCGGAAAAAGAAAAAAAAAAUUUGGACCAAACCGCUGGGUGGGGUGGCGGUUUUGGGUCAAACCGCCACCCCACCCAGCGGUUUGGUCCAAUUUUUUUUUUAUAACCGCCCCCUAGGCCCGCGGUUUGCAUAGAAAACCGCGCCCCCGAAAAACGGUUUUCGUGUAAACCGCAGGGUGGGGUGGCGGUUUUUGAAAAAAGGUGGUAUUUUUGGAAUUUUUUGGGAUUGGGUUGUAUUUUUGGAAUUUUUUUUUUUAAACAGUGGUACUUUUGGAUUUUUUCCAAGUAUUUUGAGAUACAAAAUCCGUGAGACCCAUGGACUUUGAGAGUCCAAAUCCGUGAGCCCCCAUGGACUUGAAAAUCCCACCUCUUUAGGUAGGAAUUGAUUAAGGACUUUGAAGAAGUCCAUUCAUUUUUUAGCAACUUACCCCUCAUAUUUUCUUUCUCUUCUUGUAUUAUUGAGGACAAUAAAGAUAAAGUUCACUUCAUACAUACAAAUUUAAUUAACAAAAUCCAUAAUGAAAUCCAUGAAACAAACAAUGGUCUUUUUCAAAUCCAUAAUGAACCCAAAAUCCUCAUACAUCCAUAGUUUAUCAAAACCCAAGUUAUACCAAAACCAUCAUUUUUCAAAUCCACAAAGCAAAAAUAAAUUCGUGUGUAUGUGAUCCAAAAGCGGACAAUAUCGUACUAAUGAAGAAUCCGAUUCAUAAACAUACACUUAGUGGACUAUUUCUGGAUUUGAUUGAACAAAUAUUUAUGAGUGAUUCCCUCUAAAACAGACGAAACUUCUGAAAGUGCUUUCUUGUGGCGGAGAUUUACAAACCUAACCCCAAUUUCACGCCGUCACCAGUUGACGCACCCAUGCAAGAUGCCAGAGGUGCGUUAGGAAAGCCGAAAGGUGAUGAACAUGAACGUAACAUCCAACAGAACGGGGAAAUAAUACGUUAAUUAAGCAGCGUUUGUUGAUUCAUUCACAGCUAAUUGUGUACAAAUGGAGCAAAACAGAAAAUUGUUAAGAUGAAGAGCAGUAAUUUAUACAAGUGUUUGUUUGGAUGUUGGUUCAAUUUUUUUUAUGUAUGUUAAGAUUUCUUAAAAUGAAUUUUUGUUUGGGAUGGCAAUAGGUCGGGUUGGGUCGGGUUUUGUCAAACCCAAAACCAAAUUCAUGGGUUUAUCCGUGAAAAAAAAACGGGGUAAAAUUCAAUGGGUUUGAAAAACUCAAACCCAGCCCAAUUCAUGGGUUCAUGGGUACCCAUGGGUUAUUGUUGUAAAAAAUUUACAAUAACAAGUUCCUAUCAAAAUAAAUUAUCAAUAUCUCAAUACAAAUUAUCCAUAUAUAAAACACAAUUAUAGAAAAUUCAAGCAAAUCACAAAUUAACCAUAUAAAUUGUUCCAACACCAAUCUAGAAACUCAAAAAAAUUGAAGCAAAACACAAAUUAUCCAUAAACAACAUGAUUAAUUGAUAGCUUUUCCCUCAUUGUCAAUUAAGCUCCUCCACUCUCCACUCGAUAAUAUCAACUCAUUCUACACAAUUAGAAAGAAAAAAUUAGACAUGUCUCCACGAACAUAAAGAAGAUUAGUUGUUUAGAACAUUAAAUAUACCGGGAAAAUUAAUUAUAUUGAUGUGGGCGGAUACCCAUAGAACGGGUUUACCUAAAUCUAAACUCAACUCAACUCAACCCAACCCGCUAAAUAGUGAACAGGUUCAAACCUAAACCCUGUCCAAAACCCGUCAACACGAAUUUUACCCACAUUGAUCGGAUUGAAUCAGAUAGAAUACCAGUAAGUUCGAAUUUUGUUGCCAUCCGUAUCACGUUACCAUCAAACUUACUCUCAUAUCUCCGUCGUCGUCUCCGUGAGAGAAAUUAAACUCCGUCAAAUCUUGGUUCUUGGUUGGUUGGUUGGUUUGGUUUGGUUUGAUUUGGCCACGAAAUGUGGCCCCCACGUUUUCUCCGCCCCCUUCCCUUCCACGCGGCCACCAGACGCCGUGACCGAUGGACCGGACGACGACGACGACGAAAUGAAUCUGCCUGGUGGAGGUAGCUUCCCGCCCCCUCCCUUAAACUACUCAAUUCUCGCCACCCGAAGAAAGGAAAAUGACAAAUUAUCUAUAAAAAAAGGAAACGAGAAAAUAGUUUUGUUUUUAGCAUGGUAAAGGAAACCAUAUCGGACAUCAUACCGGAAUCCUUUCUGGUAUGGUAUUUUGUGGUACGAACGUGGUUCAACUGUUUUGUACCGGUAAAUACCGUUUUUCACUAUUUUCUGGUAUAGUAUAAAUAAUAUAAUCCAUCAAAAAAAGAACCAAAUAGAGCAUUAUACAACCACGGUGACCCAUUUUCAACAUAGAAAAAUAGCAAAAUAAUAUUCUUUUUAAUUAUUUUCCACAUAUUGGACGAGAAUACGGAGAAAUGAAGCUGAAUCAUAGACCAGGAAAUCGGAUCGUACCGGCCGGUUCAACCGGUCAAACCGAAAAAACCGGCCGUCACGGUAAAAUGAGCACAAUCAGCCCACCGUACCACUUUUGGUCCAAUUUCCGGUUGAACCGGCCAGUACGAUCCGGUUUCCUGGUCUAUGGUUUUUAGAAGAAGAAAACAAUAUAUAAUUUUCAUCCCA